CCGUUAAUUUUCGAUCAGGCUGUUCCCAAGGCGCUCUGUUGUCGGGUCCUUAUUUGCAGCGCUUCCUGGUCCACGUAUUGAGAGGAUCAUCAACAUCCUCCUUGACAGAUGAUGAUAUUUGACUUUGUUUUCCAAGCAGUUUUACUCUUUCACUCUGAUCUGUUUAACCUCGGCGGCAGUCAGGUGACUGGAGACACCCUGAGACUGAUACCUCUUGUCAAACGGUUGCAAAAUGUCUUGGUUUACUGACUUGGCUGGGAAAGCUGAAGACUUCCUGAAUAAAGUGGACCAGGGAGCUGCUACUGCCCUGAGCAAAGGCCAGGAAAAAUCAUCCUCCUUUUCAAUAGCCUAUGGAGAAGAAUCCACUGCUAAAACUGACUACAACUCUGCAGGGUACAAGACCAACCCACCUGUGACACAUCAUACCUAUGCAUCCUCUCAUGAUGCCCAGAGCUACAUCUCUUCUGCAGCUGGCAACAUCAAGAAAUCUAAUGCAACCGUGCUGGCUGGGUCUGCCAACGUGACCAGUACACCCUUGGGUUCUGGUAGCAGCGCUCCCAACACUAGCAAGACUUCAUCUGGGUUUGUGAGACCCAAAAAGAGUGAGCAGAACGUGGACGAUGACAUGCUCUUCGAUUUUCUUAAUAGCUCUGAGCCUCAAGUCAGCAAUCGGAGGGAUUCAAGAAAGGAGCUUGUAAAAGUGGUAGAGGCCCAAAACCCAACAUCUCCUGCUUCCACCACUUCUUAUACCACCCCAUCAGUCCCCUCCACACCCCCGUCCACCCGGGGUGUAUCAAGAGCUUCAAGCAUGAGCUCAUUAUCUGCUCAUAGCAUCAAAACAGAGGAGAACUCUGCUAAAGAGCAAGGCCAAGAUACACCUGAGAGUUCAGACUCAGGCUUGGCUGUCCCUCAGGAGUCCAACAGGCAAGAGCCUCCUCCACCAACAGAAGAACCACAGAACCAGAUCCUGUCCAGCCUGCGUCUAGAGAACCAGUUACUGCGCAGUGAGGUGGCCUCCCUCAAUCAAGAGAUGGCUUCAGUUAUCCAGAGAGCAAAAGACUUACAAGAUGAGCUAAACCAGGCCCGUCUACGUGCAGACAAAUGGAACUCGGAGCAGUCCCAGACUGACCGAACGUUACGAGAACUUCGGUCACAAGUCGAUGACCUAACAGAAGCUCUCUCAGCCAAAGACGGUCAACUUGCAGUCCUAAAAAUCAGACUCGAUGAAGCCGAUCAGCUUCUAAAAUCCCGCAGUGCUGCAUUAGAGGAGGCACAGAAGGAAAAGUCAAAAAUUAUGCAAGACCACACAGAAGGGAACAGCAUGCAGUCCCAAGCUCUGGAAACCUUACAGGAGAGGCUGCGAGAGGCUGAACUGGCGCUCAGAAGAGAACAGGACAACUACCGGCAGAUGCAGACUGAAUAUGCUGGCCGGCUCUCUAAAUUGGAGGCUGAGAGGCAAACCCUUGCAGAAACAGUGACUGCAGCUGAGCGGCGAGCAGCAGAGGAGAAGUUCAAGAUCGACGACUUCCAACACCAACUAAAAAGUGCCAAAGCUGCAGCUGAGUCUGCCAAGCAAGAGUUACAAGACUAUAAACAAAAAGCUUCACGCAUCCUACAAUCCAAAGAGAAGUUGAUCAGCAGUCUGAAGGAGGGAUCCGGUCUAGACGCACUGGACGGCAGUGGGACCAUGGCUCUGGAGCUUGAGGAGCUGCGUCAUGAAAAGGACCUGCAGAGGGAGGAGAUCCAAAAACUGCAGGGGCAAGUUCUCACUCUGAGGACUGAAAUACAGGAUUUGGAGAAUCAGGCGCUGGCAGAGGCAGAGACGUGGAGGGAGCAGCAGGCGCAGUUACAGGAGCAGCAGGCCUUACAGAACAGAGCUAAGCAGGAGGUGGAGGCUGAGGUGGAGCGCUACAAACAGGAGCUGCAGUACCUUGAGGAAGAGCACCAUCGAGCCAAAACGACUCUGCAGAGUCGAAUCAAAGACAGAGAAGAUGAAAUCCAAAAACUCAGGAACCAGUUGACCAACAAGACACUCAGUAGCAGCCAAACAGAGCUGGAGAACCGGCUCCACCAGCUGACGGAGACACUGAUCCAGAAGCAGACAAUGCUGGAAGCUCUUGGCACAGAAAAAAACUCCCUCGUCUUUCAGCUGGAGCGCCUGGAGCAGCAGCUGAAGAAUACUCAGGGAGGACAAAGUGGAGGGCCGGCAAUCAACAUGAGCGGUUUAGAGGGAGCAGGGGCAAGACAAAGAAACACACCUGUGCUCUUCAGUGACCAGGACAGUCCAGGAGUGUAUGGAAAAGUACGUAAGGCAGCCAGCACAAUUGACCGCUUCAGCAUAAGACUGGGAAUCUUUCUGAGGCGCUACCCAAUGGCCAGAGUUUUUGUCAUCCUGUACAUGGCGGUACUGCACCUGUGGGUCAUGAUUGUUCUUCUGACCUACACACCAGAAAUGCAUGGUCGUCCUGAUGGAAGAUAGAAGGCCUGAGUUUUAUGGUUGGGUAUUAAAAGAUGUUUUCAUUGGCCUUUAAUGUAAGGAAGCUGCUGGAAUAUGGGCUCUGGGACCUCUCCCUGUUUUGCACAAAUAUGCUAUGAAUUAAAAGACAUUUCCUCCAAUUUCUUCUAUAUUGUUUCCAACUGAAGAUGGGUAGCAUUGAGUUUUAAAGUAAUUACAGAGUGAUAUUGUGUUGGUGGUGUCCUAAACGGACAUGAAUCAAAAAUUGUGUUGGUUUCAGACUUCUGAGAGAUUGUAUUUAACACUAUGUACAAAAAAUACUCUUUUAAUAAAUGAAUUAGAAGGAAAAACA